CAGUAACUUCAAACGCUCCUCAGCACAUGAGAGUAAGAGGGGAAAGCAGAAAGGCAGAUUCAGAGAGAGAAAUCUCCCAAGAGCUGGGGCAAUAGAAAAAGACAGUCGGAAAGACAGCUCGUCCAUCUGAAGCUGAUUGGAACGGAGGAAAGUACCACCUAUAGCCUUGACAGGCAGACACAUGCUCCGGAAGAGCCCACAGAUAUUAAAACAAUAACGCUAGACAGGUAUCGGCUCUGAGAUGUGGUGCCACUUCUUAAUCCUCUUGGCAGUUGUGAGCACUGCAGGCACCACCUGCCACCAGAAAAGGGAACCAGUGGGCCAAAGAGGCUCUAUCUUUGCCGACCUUACCGCCGACGAGAUGCAUGCAGUGCGAGACUUCCUGAUGUCUAAACCACAACUGCGCCUCUCCUCCACCCGCAGAGAGACCCUGAAGAAAAACAGCAUCUUCCUGAUGGAGCUGCACGUUCCCAAGAAGGGCGAUGCUCUGAAAACCCUCGACAGGGGACGCACCAAACCUAAGCGUGAGGCUAGGGUGGUAGUGCAAUUUGGUCACCAGGUGCUCCCCAACAUCACUGAGUACAUUGUGGGACCUUUGCCCAAACCCACCUAUUACAAACGCAAAACCUUUAAAGGUAAGUCUCCCAAGUUCGAGUCAAGGCCCAUCAGCCAAAUGGAGUAUCGUCACAUCAUCAGUAAGCUGCAGGAGAUCACAAAGAUGGUGUACAGGAUUCUAGUAGAGACCUCUGGCUUCUCUUUCCACAAUUGCACUGACAGGUGCCUGACCUUCUCUGAUAUCGCUCCCCGGGGACUAGAGUCUGGAGAGAGGCGGACCUGGAUCAUGCUUCAGAAGUUUGUGGAGGGCUAUUUCAUUCAUCCCAUUGGCUUUGAGCUCCUUCUCAACCACAAAUCCCUGGACCCAACCGAGUGGGAGGUGGAGAAGGUCUGGUAUAAUGACCAGUAUUUUGACAGCGUGGAGGAACUGGUUGAUAAGUACGAGAAAGGGGAAGUCACCAAGAUGAGGCUGCCAGACCAUGAUGAUGACGAUCUGUACUCCACAUACAUCCCCCGCGGGGAGAGAAGCACAUGGGCCAAUGUUCAGGGACCCAAGCUGGUGCAGCCCCAGGGACCACGGUACCGGGUCGAAGGAAACUUCGUGGAGUAUGCAGGCUGGUCCUUCACUUUCCGGGUGCGCUCCUCCGCCGGUCUGCAGCUGUUUGACCUCCGAUUCAAUGGGGAGAGGGUGGCUUACGAGAUCAGUCUCCAGGAGGCGGUGGCUUUCUAUUCAGGGAGCACACCGGCUGCCAUGCAGACCAAGUACAUUGACGCAGGCUGGGGUAUGGGCACUGAGGACUACGAGCUGGCCUCAGGCAUCGACUGCCCCGACAUCGCCACGUUCGUGGACCUGUACCAUUACUAUGACACAGACGGGCCAGUGCGGUACAAGAAUGCCCUCUGCAUCUUCGAGAUGACCACUGGCGUUCCCCUGAGAAGGCACUUCAACAGCAACUUCAAAGGUGGCUACAACUUCUACGGGGGUCUGGAGAACAACGUGCUGGUGAUCCGGACCACAUCCACCGUUUAUAACUACGACUACAUCUGGGAUUUCCUGUUCUACCAGAAUGGGGUGGUGGAGGUCAAGGUCAGUGCCACGGGGUACAUCCACGCUACCUUCUUCACCCCCGAGGGGCUUAGCCACGGGGCCAGGGUCUACAGCUAUGUUCUGGGCAACCUGCAUACUCACCUGGUCAACUACAAGGUGGACCUGGACAUUGCAGGUAGAGAUAACAGCUUUGAAACCAUAGAGCUGAAAUAUGAGAACUUCACCAACCCCUGGAGCCCUCGUCACUCCAUCGUUCAGUCUCGGCUCCAUCGCACUCAGAGGACAACCGAAAGGGAGGCCGCCUUCCCCUUCGGCAAACACCUCCCCCGAUACCUGCACUUCUACAACCCCACCAAGAAGAACAGGUGGGGCCAUCACAAGGGAUACCGGAUCCAGUUCAACUCCCACGCUGACACCGUCCUGCCACAGGGCUGGAAAGAGGAGGUUGGCAUCACCUGGUCAAGGUACCCCUUGGCAGUAACUCGUCAAAAGGACGGUGAAAUGACGAGCAGCACCAUCUACACACAGAAUGACCCAUGGGAGCCAGUAGUGUCCUUCGAAGAUUACAUUCGAGACAACGAAAAUAUCGAUAAAAUGGAUCUGGUUGCCUGGGUAACAGUGGGGUUCCUGCAUAUCCCCCACUCUGAGGACAUUCCCAACACGUCCACCCCGGGAAACUCUGUUGGAUUUUUCCUCCGACCCUUUAACUUCUUCGACGAGGACCCCUCCGUUGCGUCCAGGGACACGGUCAUUGUCCGGCCACACAAGGACAGCUUCUCCAAGGUAGACACGGACCGAUGGACCCCCGAGCUGGCGGGAUACUGCAUGUCCAGUAAGCCCUUCCAUUACAACGGCACCUACAUGGAAGUUUAAGAAGAAGCAGACAGCUGAUUGCGAUCACGAUCUUUCAGUGGGGCUACAAGGGAAUGGGCACUGACACCAGAAAAACACCCCCCCUUUUUGAUUGACUUCAAUAUUUCCAGAUCUCAGGAGCUUUCCCUCAGUAUCUAUCUUUCUCCAAAAGAACAGGUGGUUUAUUUUAACUGAAUCACCAACUCUUUUUCUAUUAACUCUUGUUUCAUUUGACUUUCAACUAAAUGCGGACUAAGGUUUAAACAACAUUCUUGACUUUUAUUAUCAUUGGUUCCACUUUCUUAUUCUGAAAAGCCUUCAAUUCUUUGCUUGUUUUUAUACUUUAAUCCCAACACGCUGGUCUUUUUUUUUUUUUUUUUUUUUUUUUUUUUUCCAAUUACAAUAUGCAGUAGAUUUUAAAAAAAGAAAUCAAACUGUUUCUUGUGUUUUUGCCAAGAAGCAGUAUAACAUUUUCUUCUGUAACGCUGUCUAUGUUCUUCAACAGAAGAAAAUGAAAAUCUAGCUUGUUCUGAUGACAGAUAAGAACAGGUGGUAUAUGUGUGUGUGUGUCUAAUCUUUUGUUUUCUUGCUGUGGCUAUUGGUCCCAGUGCUAACGUAGUUACCUUUAUACACCGAGGGAUUUAAUGGUUCUUGUCUUUAUGCUAUCAGUACGGAUAGCUAUUUAUGUUGUGAGGUUCGCAUCUCUAUACCCUGAUUACACAAAACACAGGAAAGGCGUUUCUAUCUCCCUACAUAAAACAUUAAUGCAUUUCCAUAAGCACUCAAGUUAAAAUACUGUACUAUCGAUUUUGCACUGGUCUUUGUUAUUACAGCAACCUGAAAAAUGCAAAAAAUGAAUUAAUGUCUACUAUGCCUUAUACAUGAUACAACUAAAAUGUUACACACCCUUUAAUAAACUACAUGGCUUGG